AGCCUCAAUGAUUCCCACAAUCAGAUGGUCGUUCACUGGGCGGGAGAGAAGAGCAACGUGAUCGUGGCCUUGGCCAGAGACAGCCUGUCUUUGCUGGGUCCCAAAAACAGCGACGUUUAUGUGUCUUAUGACUACGGGAAGAGUUUUAAGAAGAUUUCGGAGAAGUUCAGCUUCAGCGGGGGGAACAGCAGCGAGGUGGCCAUCGCCCAGUUCUACCACAGCCCGGCCGACAACAAGAGGUAUAUCUUCGUGGAUGCCUUCGUCCCGUACCUCUGGAUCACCACCAACUUCUGCAACAAUAUUCAGGGCUUCUCAAUUCCCUUCAGAGCAGCAGACCUCCUCCUGCACGGCAGGAACCCCAACCUCCUCUUGGGCUUCGACAGGUCUCAUCCUAAAAAACAGCUCUGGAAAUCAGAUGAUUUUGGCCAGACCUGGAUAAUGAUUCAGGAACACGUGAAGUCUUUUUCUUGGGGAGUUGAGCCCUACGAUAAGCCCAAUACAGUGUAUGUUGAGCGGCAUGAGCCUUCUGGGGCCUCAACUGUCAUUCGCAGCACUGAUUUCUUUCAAAGCCGAGAAAAUAAAGAAAUAAUCCUGGAAGAUGUUGAAGACUUCCAGCUCAGGGACAAAUACAUGUUUGCAACAAAGUCCGUGCGUUUGCUAGGCAGCUCGCAGCCGCCUUCGGUCCAGCUCUGGGUUUCCUUCAACCGCAAGCCGAUGCGUGUGGCACAGUUUGUAACCAAGCAUCCAAUUAAGGAAUAUUAUGUUGCCGACGCCUCGGAGGACCAGGUAUUUGUGUGUGUCAGCCACGAUAACAACCGUACCAACCUCUACAUUUCGGAGGCAGAAGGCCUGAAGUUCUCCCUGUCUUUAGAAAACGUACUCUACUACAGCCCGGGAGGAGCUGGAAGUGACACCUUGGUCAGGUAUUUUGCCAACGAGCCCUUUGCAGACUUCCAUCGCGUUGAAGGCGUGCGGGGCGUCUACAUCGCCACCCUGAUCAACGGCUCCUUCAGCGAGGAGAACAUGCGCUCCGUCAUCACCUUUGACAAGGGGGGCACCUGGGAGCUGCUGCAGCCCCCGGCGCAGACGCGCUACGGGGAGCAGAUAGACUGCGAGUUGUCUCAGGGCUGCUCUCUCCACCUGGCCCAGCGCCUGAGCCAGCUGCUUAAUUUCCAGCUGCGUAGGAUGCCCAUUCUCUCCAAGGAGUCGGCGCCGGGACUCAUCAUCGCCACCGGCUCCGUUGGCAAGAACAUGGCAAGGAAAACCAACGUCUAUGUCUCAAGCAGUGCCGGAGCAAGGUGGAGGGAGGCGCUGUCUGGACCCCACUAUUACACCUGGGGCGACCACGGUGGCAUUCUCGUGGCCAUCGCGCAAGGCACCGAGACCGACCAGCUCAAGUACAGCACAAACGAAGGGGAAACCUGGAAAACGUUCACUUUCUCAGAGAAGCCGGUGUUUGUGUACGGCCUGCUUACUGAGCCUGGGGAGAAGAGCACCAUAUUCACCAUCUUUGGCUCGUACAAAGAGAAUGGCCACAGCUGGCUGAUACUGCAGAUCAACACCACUGACGUGCUGGGGGUCCCUUGCACAGAGAACGACUACAAACUGUGGUCACCCUCCGACGAGCGAGGCAAUGAAUGCUUACUGGGGCAUAAAACCGUUUUCAAAAGGAGGACUCCUCAUGCGACCUGUUUCAAUGGGGAAGAUUUUGACAGGCCUGUCAUGGUCUCCAACUGCUCUUGUACAAGGGAAGACUUUGAAUGUGAUUUUGGCUUUAAACUGAGCGACGACUUAUCGUUAGAAGUUUGCGUUCCUGACCCUGAAUUUGCUGGGAAACCGUACGACCCGCCAGUCCCUUGCCCUGUUGGCUCAACUUACAAGAAGACUCGAGGCUACCGAAAGAUCUCUGGGGACACUUGUACAGGUGGAGACAUCGAGUUGCGGCUCGAAGGGGAGCUGGUACCGUGCCCGCUAGCUGAGGAGAACGAGUUCAUUCUCUACCCUCUGGCAGGGCUGCGAGGGGCAGUCGCCCUGGACUUCGACUACGACCACAACUGCUUGUACUGGGCCGACAUCACUCUCGACAUUAUACAGCGUCUUUGUCUCAACAGCAGCUCUGGGCAAGAAAUAAUCAUAAGCACCGGGCUGGAAACAGUGGAAGCUUUGGCCUUUGAACCUCUCAGUCAGUUGCUGUACUGGGUCAACGCCGGGAUUCCCAAAAUUGAGGUUGCCAAUCCAGACGGAGACCUGCGACUCACCGUCCUCAAUUCCUCGAUACUCGAACGACCCAGAGCCCUCACUCUGGUUCCCCGAGACGGGUUGAUGUUCUGGACAGACUGGGGAGACUCCAGAGCCGGCAUUUACAGAAGCGACAUGGACGGGUCAUCGGCCGGGUGCAUCGUUUCGGAGGGUGUGCGGUGGCCAAACGGCAUUUCUGUGGAUGACCGCUGGAUCUACUGGACCGAAGCCUAUAUGGACAGGAUCGAGAGGGUCGAUUUCAACGGGCUGCAGAGAUCUGUGAUCCUGGACAGUCUCCCUCACCCCUACGCUAUUGCUGUAUUUAAGAAUGAAAUCUACUGGAACGACUGGUCACAGCUGAGUAUUUUCAGAGCAUCCAAAAACAGCGGCUCAAGAAUGGAGAUCUUAGUCGGCCGAUUAAAUGGGAUCAUGGAUAUGAAAAUCUUUUACAGAGGAAAGACAACAGGGGAGAAUGCCUGCAUCGCCAAGCCCUGCAGCCUGCUCUGCCUGCCCAAGUCGAACAACGGCAGGAGCUGCAAGUGCCCCGAGGGGGUGUCCAGCACCGUGCUGCCCACAGGGGAGGUGAAGUGCGACUGUCCUCACGGCUACGUCAUGAAGAACACCACUUGCAUAAAGGAAGAAAACACGUGUCUGCCAAACCAGUACAGAUGCUUCAAUGGGAACUGCAUAAACAGCAUUUGGCAGUGUGACAACGAUAAUGACUGCGGGGACAUGAGCGACGAGAAGAACUGCCCCACCACCGUGUGUGAUGCCGAGACCCAGUUCCGCUGCCAGGGCUCGGGGACCUGCAUCCCGCUGUCCUACAAAUGUGACCUGGAGGACGACUGCGGGGAUAACAGCGAUGAAAGUCACUGUGAGGCUCACCAGUGUAGAAACGAUGAAUUCAGCUGCAGCUCAGGGAUGUGCAUUCGUCUUUCCUGGAUGUGUGAUGGUGAUAACGAUUGCAGGGACUGGUCCGAUGAAGCAAACUGCACUGCAGUAUAUCACACCUGUGAGGCCUCCAGCUUCCAGUGCCAGAACGGCCACUGCAUCCCGCAGCGCUGGGCCUGCGACGGCGACGCCGACUGCCAGGACGGCUCCGAUGAGGACCCUGCCAACUGCGAAAAAAAGUGCAACGGCUUCCAGUGCCCAAAUGGCACUUGCAUCCCAACCAGCAAACACUGCGAUGGCAUCAACGACUGCUCCGAUGCCUCGGACGAGCAGCACUGUGAACCCCUGUGCACCCGCUACAUGGAUUUCGUGUGCAAGAACCGACAGCAGUGCUUGUUCCACUCCAUGGUAUGCGACGGCAUCAUCCAGUGUCGAGAUGGAUCAGAUGAAGAUGCCAACUAUGCUGGCUGCUCCCAGGACCCUGAGUUCCACCGGACUUGUGACCAGUUCAGCUUCCAGUGCCAGAACGGCGUGUGCAUCAGCCUGGUGUGGAAGUGUGAUGGGAUGGAUGACUGUGGCGAUUACUCUGACGAAGCAAACUGUGAAAACCCAACAGAGGCUCCGAACUGCUCCCGGUACUACCAGUUCCAGUGCGGGAACGGGCACUGCAUCCCCAACCGGUGGAAGUGCGACGAGGAGAAUGACUGCGGGGACUGGUCCGAUGAGAAGGAGUGCGAGGGUUCUCCGGUUCAUCCCAUUACUACAUCGACCCCACCGACGUGUUUACCUAAUCACUUCCGUUGCAACAGUGGUGCCUGCAUCAUGAACAGCUGGGUCUGCGACGGGUACAAGGACUGCACCGACGGCUCCGACGAGGAAGCCUGCCCUACUUCACGACCCAACGUGACGGCCACCUCCCCGGCGCUCCUGGGACGCUGCAGCAGGUUCGAGUUUGAGUGCCAGCAGCUGCACAAGUGCAUCCCCAACUGGAAGCGGUGCGACGGCCUGCGGGACUGCCAGGAUGGCACGGACGAGAGGAACUGCCCUACUCACAGCACCCUGUUGUGCCCUAAUGGUUAUAAAUGCGAGGACGGAGAGGCCUGCAUUAUGGUGACAGAGCGGUGUGAUGGAUAUCUGGACUGCUCAGACAGCAGCGAUGAGAGGAACUGUACCGAUGACACAAUCGUGUACAAAGUCCAGAACCUCCAGUGGACAGCCGAUUUCUCCGGCGAUGUCACUCUGACGUGGGCUCGGCCAAAAAGAAUGUCCUCGACCUCCUGUGUCUACAACAUCUAUUACAGGGUAGUCGGUGAAAGCAUUUGGAAGAUUUUGGAAACCCACAGCAACAAAACCAACAGCGUUUUGAAAGUCCUCAAGCCUGACUGUACCUAUCAGGUGAAAGUCCAAGUGCAGUGUCUCAGCCGAGUCUACAACACCAAUGACUUCAUCACCCUCCGGGCACCCGAAGGAUUACCAGAUGCUCCCUUUAACCUUCAGCUGUCCCUGAAAAAAGAAGCUGAGGGCGUGGUGAUGGGCUGCUGGAGUCCCCCCGUGAACGCCCACGGCCUCAUACGGGAGUUCAUCGUGGAAUACAGCAGGACUGGAUCCAAGGAGUGGUCGUCCCUUAGAACCACCAGGAACUACACUGAGAUCAAGAACUUACAGGUCAACACGUUAUACACAGUUAGAGUUGCUGCGGUAACUAGUCGAGGAGUGGGAAAUUGGAGUGAUUCCAAAUCCAUAACCACCAUAAAAGGCAAAGUCAUUCCUCCACCUGUCAUACACAUUGAGAGCUACAGCGAGGACUCCAUAAGUUUCAGCCUAAAAAUGACUACUAAUAUCAAGGUCAGCGGUUACGUUGUGAACAUCUACUGGACAUUUGAUACACACAGGCAGGAAAGAAGAACUCUGAUCAUAGAAGGAGAAAAGUCCAUCCAAAAAGUGGCAAAUUUGACAGCACACACCCCCUAUGAAAUUUCUGCUUGGGCUAAGACGGAGCUGGGUGACAGCCCUCUGUCUUUUGUACAUGUGGUGACCAGUGGGACAAGACCUGCCUCACCAAGUCUCAAAGCCAAAGCCAUCAACCAGACUGCGGUGGAGUGCAGCUGGACCGGACCGAGGAAUGUCGUCUAUGGCAUCUUCUACGCCACAUCCUUCCUAGAGCUGUACAGAAGCCCUCACAACACCACCACGACCUCCCACAACAUCACUGUGAUCGUGCAGCGGGACGAGCAGUACCUGUUUCUGGUCCGUGUGAUGUCUCCCUACCAAGGGCCACCGUCCGACUACGUUGUGGUGAAGAUGAUCCCUGAUAACCGGCUUCCCCCUCGGCACCUCCACUCGGUGCACACCGGAAAGACGUUCGCACUCAUUAAGUGGGAAUCGCCCUACGAUUCGCCCGACCAGGACAUGUUAUAUGCUGUUGCAGUUAAAGAUUUAGUAAGAAAAACAGAUAAAAUCUACAAAGUGAAAACCCGGAACAGCACGGUGGAGUACACCAUUAAGAAACUUGAACCGGGAGGCAAAUACCACGUGGUUGUUCAACUGGGAAAUAUGAGCAAAGAAUCCAGCAUGAAGAUCAACACAGUUCCACUGUCUGCACCAGACGCCUUAAAAAUUAUAACAGAAAAUGACCAUAUUCUGCUUUUUUGGAAGAGUUUGGCAUUAAAGGAAAGUAAUUUCAAUGAAAGCCGGGGUUACGAGAUUCACAUGUUUGACAGCUUGAUGAACAUCACUGCUUAUCUUGGGAAUACCACAGAAAACUUCUUCAAAGUUUCCAACCUGAAGAUAGGUCACAACUAUUCAUUCACCGUUCAGGCCAGGUGCCUGUACAGCGGGCAGAUGUGCGGCGAGCCGGCCACACUUCUCUAUGAUGAACUAGGAACUGGUGAAGACUCCUCUGCAGCAAAAACCGGUAGAUCCACAGACGUCGCUGCCAUCGUGGUACCGGUGCUGUUCCUGCUGCUGGUGACCCUGGGGAUUGGCUUCGUGGUGCUGUACAUGAGGCACAGACGCCUGCAGAACAGCUUCACUGCCUUUGCCAACAGCCACUACAGCUCCCGCCUGGGCUCGGCCAUAUUCUCCUCGGGAGAUGAUUUAGGAGAUGAGGAUGACGAAGCCCCAAUGAUAACUGGAUUUUCAGAUGAUGUUCCCAUGGUCAUCGCAUGAAGCGCAUUUCUGACUGUAAAAACCAAAUGAUGUAAAUAUUUUAUUUGAUAAAAAUAGUUGAUUGUUUAUUUUAAAAAUGCACUUUGAGUUGCAAUAUGUUAUUUUUAUAUGGGCCAAAAAAAAUUUUAAAAAUACACUUUGUAGUAAUCAACUGUGAAUUGCAGACUAGGUUGGUUUAGUAACAAAUUGCUUUGAUUUAACAUUAAUUUAGUCUUACAAGGCUAUGCUUGCUGGGCAUGCUUUUAAGUCUGUGAGAUACUUUCUGUUGACUAAAUUGGCUACUCGUUUUAUUUUUCUAAGACAAGAAUAAAUUUAUUUAAAAAAAUUUCAGGAGAUUAUAUAUGUAGAGAGAGAUAAGUAAUAUAGUCCCUGAAGGUUUUGCUUUUACUUU